AUGCAUCUGUCGUCUCUCGGACAACAGCAGGAGGAACGCCCUGACUACACCGCUUCCUCAAGUUAAUUAACGGUUGGAAAUUAGCUUCAUCUGCGCUGGCUGGAUGGAUGCAGCAACAUCUCUCAAAAAGAAGCUGGCUCUCCUCUUGGUUGUUGCAUUAAUCUUCAUUCUUCUAUUCAAUGUGAAUUUGCCAAACAACAACAACAAAUCCAUCCCAAAACCAUCUGGGCCUGCGGGUGUUUGCUCCUUGGGAGUAUCUGAGCAGACCAUCACCCCGCUCAAAAAUACCAAGCACUUACUGGUGUCAGCAUACGUGGACCAGAGAGUGAAGGAUUUGGAUAUACGCAUCAUUGGCAUAUUUAAGAGAGACUCCAUACAGCCCCUUCACUGCGUUUUUUGCUGCACAAAUGUUUUAAGUAAAACCACUCCAGCAACAAUUUUACAACAUUCUGAUCACUUUGGUUUUCCCUUCGCCACAACGGACGUCAUGUGUCAGAUUCCUCAGAACUGCAAAGCUACACAUGUCACUCUCUUGACUACACCAGACAAAGAAAGUGCAUCUGACUCUACCUGGCUUCCUAUAAGAAACCAAAAGAGCGACAGGCAAAAGGAAGAAAACGUGAAGUUUGACUUCACAGUCUGCAUCUCUAAUCUGUUUGGCGACUACAACAAUGUGCUUCAGUUUGCAGAGACUUUGGAAAUGUACAGGUUGCUGGGUGUGAACAGAGUGGUGAUCUAUAACACCAGCUGUGGUCCAGAGCUCGACCGCCUGUUGCAGAGUUACAGCGAUGAGGGCUUUGUGGAAAUGGUUCCUUGGCCCAUUGACAAGCAUCUGAAUCCAUCUCGUGGCUGGCUUCACUCAGAGCACGGAGGAGACGUGCACUACUUUGGCCAGCUGACCACACUUAAUGAGUGCAUUUACAGAUCAAUGGAGCGUUCCCGCUACGUCCUGUUGAAUGACAUUGAUGAGAUUAUAAUGCCAUACCAGCACAAAGAUCUGAUGUCUUUGAUGAACACGCUCCAAAAUCAGAAUCCAAAUACAGGAGUAUUUCUCAUUGAGAACCACACCUAUCCCAAGAAGACUUUUAAUCAAAGUAAAUGGGGACCCCUGCCUCAAUGGAAUGGGGUGCCAGGCUUUGAUAUUAUGGUGCAUAUCUACAGAGAGGAGCCUAACAGAAAUAUUUACCAUCCACACAAGUUAAUAGUUCAGCCAAGAGCAGUGCAGCAGACCUCAGUGCAUGAUGUGCUUAUGAUGUCUGCAACAAAGUUCAAGGUUCCACCAGACGUCUGUCGGAUCAUUCACUCGCCAAUCAGGACUCCGACCGAUCCACCACUUGAUCGGCUUCAUGUGGACACCCGACUGUGGGACUUUAAAGACAAACUGCUCCCCAAUGUGAUCAAGGUGCUGCAGAGAGCAGAACUGCUGAGAUCAGAAACGCAAAACUGAUAGAUGAUGGACAGAAACACAAAUAUUGAAGUUUUAGGAGAAAAAAGCUGGUCAACAAAAUACAGGCUGACCUACAGGGGUGGCAUGUGCCAGCCUGAAAUAAUGUCUUUCCAUCCCAAGUCCACUCUAUUUUUGCUUAUCACAAUGCUGCAUAUUAAAAUUAGCCAGCAUUAACACUCUGAGUCUGGCUACAAGUAACAUUAAAUAUAAAUUCUAAAACUGAAUAUAUUGCAUAGCAUUACCUCCCUGCAUCACUAAAAAAAAAUGUUUCAGCCCAUAAAGCAAACGGUUUUAUUUCUUGUUGUCAGUAGCGACCAAUGCUUAUGAUUGUGCCAGAGCACACAAUCAUAAGCAUUUCAACACAUUGGCUAUUUUCCGAUUUCAACACAGGUGGUUGAUUGCUCGACUCUAGAACUGGAAUGAAGGCGAGUGUUAUUAACCCUCUGGGUUGACGGACAGCCACACCUUCAAAUCACAUGACCAAUUUAAGCUGACAUAGCUACAAGCUGCAGUUACGCAUCUUCUAGCAUCAGGGUCUCUAUUUCGGCUUGUGUUGAAAGUCCAGACUUCAAACUAUAUGUCAGUUUUUAUAUUUUAUUGAUAAGCCACAAUGACCGGAGUUAUGAUAAGAAAAAAAAUUUAUUUAAUUUUUUAAAAAAAGACGCGAUGGAUGGAUGGAUGGAAAAAAGAAUACUAUCGUCACGUUUUGUGUGAAAAGAAACAGUAAAAAUGGCAUUUGGACAGCGCAAAUAAGGGAAAAAAUGCCCUUUCCUAUUGGUGGAAUAGUGUAUCAUGUCCACCGAUAAAAAUGAUAUGACAACACGUGGGAUUUGGUGAUUUAGGAACAGGGAAAAUUUGGGGGAGUGGUGUGGCUAAAGAGAGAGCGAUAUCGACUAGUUUUAGUUUCUAGUUUUUAGUAUUCGUGGUGGUUGCGAUUUUAGGUAAAUGGUUGUAUUAACUUAAUUGCUUCCAAAGUUUGUACACAGGUUUUUAAAAUUUACAAUUUAUAUUUGCAUUUCAGGUUAUGAAAAUAAUUCACUAAACGUGUUUGUGGUUUUUACAGUAAACUUU